AUGGAUCUUUUGAAAGACGCAGCUAAAAACCUCAACCUCUAUGAGGUCAAGGCUUAUGUUCGUAAGGCACAGAAUGUUGCUAUGAACUUAACUGAAAUUGAAUCAAAGGUGCGUGAGGCCACAAAUAAUGAACCAUGGGGAGCGCCAACUUCCUUGAUGGCACAAAUAGCUUCGGCUACUUACAACUAUAGAGAAAGAGAAGAGAUUGUUGCGUUUAUUUUCCGUAGAUUUACUGAAAAGGCGGCCAAUGAGUGGAGACAGGUGUACAAGUCGUUACAAUUGUUGGACUACUUGAUCAAAAACGGUAGUGAAAGGAUAAUUGAUGAUGUAAGAUCAAAUAUAUCCUUGAUACAAAUGUUGAAAUCGUUUCAUUACAUUGAUUCAAAAGGAAGGGACCAAGGAAUCAAUGUUCGAAACAAAACAAAGAAUUUGCUCAACUUGUUAAAUGACGAUAGCCAAAUUAGAAGUGAGCGUAAAAAGGCAAGAGCAAAUCAGAAAAAGUUUGGUGGUAUCUCCUCGGCUGCCUAUGGCGGAGCUUCAUCAAUUGGCACUAGUUUCGGCAAUUCCGCCUCAAGCUUUGCCGAUGUUGAUGACGAUGAGUUUUCAAAUAGGGUUUAUGGUGACGGUGGUGUAUAUGGUGAGAGAUACGAUGACCCAGCAUCCUCGUACAACAAUGGGGCUACGGGAACUAGUGGUGAUCAAUUUGAGGAGUACGAAGCUCAUCCAACUUCCAAAUCUGCAGCUGCCAAAUCUACAACUGGGGCAUCAAAAAUCAAUGCGAAAGCUUUCAAUUCUGCCAAGUCCAAACCUCAACCAAAAGAACCACAAGAUGAUUUGCUUGGAGACCUCUUAGCCUUUGAUAAGGAGCCAGCAGCAGCAGCAGCUCCAGCCAAUGGCGGUGACGAUGACGAUGAUGAGUUUGACGAUUUUCAAGCUGCACCUUCCCAACCACAAAAGCCAAAUAACUUGUCAAAUAACUUGUCCUCUAAUUUGUCAACCUUGUACCAUCCACAACAACAACAACAACAGCAGAAGCAAGCAUUUACCCAUACCAACUUUUUUGCUUCAAGCACUGUAUCUACGCCAACCAACACAGUUUCGUCAUUCACAACCUCAACUGGGCCUGCCAAAUCAAGUACUACUAAUGAUGCUUUUUCUUCGUUAUUUGUAAGUGCUAAAUCCAAGAACAGCGACUCAAAGAAUGGACCAUCAAAAGCAACCGCCAACACAACAACAUCCAAAUCUCAAUCUACAGGUGGUGCAGGUAUUGGCGAUGAUUUAUUUAGCAGCAGCAGCAAUACUUUUUCCAAAAACCAACCUGCUGCAGGUAACGGUACAAACAACAAAGAAGGCGAGAUUGAUCUAUUAAGUUUUUAA